AUGGAUAAGUCUAUUGCUAAAGGUCUCGGUGAUAAAUUAUACGAAAAGAGGAAAGCAACUGCUCUAGAGUUACAAAAGUUAGUUACUCAAUGUGUGAUCGAUGGAGAUUAUGCUCGUGUAGACAAAAUAAUCGAUGAGCUUUGUAGAGAUUAUGCUUAUGCUUUACAUCAACCAACUGCUAGAAAUGCUGGGCUGAUGGGGCUAGCUGCAGCUGCAAUUGCAUUAGGUACAAAUAACGUUGGAAGAUAUUUACAUCAUAUAUUACCUCCUGUGCUUGCAUGUUUUGGUGAUCAGAAUGAUCAAGUUAGAUUCUAUGCCUGUGAAAGUUUAUACAAUAUUGCUAAGAUAGCCAAGGGUGAAAUUUUGGUCUAUUUCAAUGAAGUAUUCGAUGUCUUAUGUAAAAUAAGUGCUGACACGGAAACAUCAGUCAGAGGUGCCGCUGAAUUAUUAGAUAGAUUAAUUAAGGAUAUAGUAGCAGAGCGAGCUUCAAAUUAUAUCAGCGUGGUUAAUAAUGACCCUAAAGAUAUGCCUCCUGCUACAAAAGUCGAUGUCGUAUCAGGCAAUGUUUACAGAGAGGAGCAUGGCCAAGAUGAUGAACAGGCCUUCUCUUUACCAAAGUUUAUACCAUUGCUAUCAGAAAGGAUAUAUGCUAUAAAUCCAGACACUCGUGUAUUUUUAGUAGAUUGGUUAAAAGUUCUAUUAAAUACCCCAGAGUUAGAAUUGAUUUCUUAUUUGCCAUCAUUUUUAGGGGGUUUAUUCACAUUUUUAGGAGACUCUCAUAAGGACGUGAGAACUGUUACACAUGAAUUAAUGGAUCUUUUAUUACAAGAAGUAGAGAGAAUAUCAAAAUUACAGGAUGAUUUGGCAAGAAAAAGCAUUUCCAGUGAACCAAAGAGCGAUGAGGAUACACCGGUUAAAAAAAAUGAAGGAACUUUGAUAGCUCAAAAGAAAAAACAUUUACUAGAUGCACUAGGGAAACUAUCAACAGAUUCAAAUGAAGUGGCUUCACCUUCAACAAUUCAAACAAACAACACAAUACCUGUAACCGGUUCCAUACCAACAACGCCAACAGAAGAAGAAGGUGCUGUGACAGAGUCUACAUCAAUUCGUGAUGGUGAAGAAUAUAUUUUAGGUCAGGAUAUUCAUUUAAAUUUCCCUGAUAUCAUCGAGAUAUUAGUUAACAACUUAGGUUCAUCCGAAUAUGAAGUUAGGCUAGCAUCAUUGCAUUGGAUUGAAAGUUUAAUGGAUUUAUCCUCAGGUGAUUUUAUACCUUACUUCUCAAAAAUAUUAUCCUUACUACUGAAGCUAUUAGGUGAUUCCGAUAACCGUAUAAGUGAAUCAGCUCAAAUAGUCAAUUCCAAAUUUAUGAAAUUAUGUGCAAAUUAUGAUCAUAACAAGAAUCCAAACGCCAUUGCCUAUGGGUCAAUUGUUAAUAGCUUGACCCUACAAUUUUUUGAUAGUAAAGUUGAUGCAAAAAUAGCAUGUCUUGACUGGUUAUUGCUGAUUCACAAGAAGGCACCAAAUCAAAUUUUUGAGCAUAAUGAUAGUAUGUUUUUAACUUUAUUGAAAUCACUAUCUGAUAAUGAUACAAGAUUAAUAGAAAAAGCGUUAUGUCUGUUGAAUUGCUUAUGUGUUGAUUCAAAAGAUGACUACUUAAAGAAGUUUUUGGGGGAUCUACUAAACUUAUUGAAGAAUGAUCCCAAAUUAUUCAAAACCCGUGCUAAUUAUAUAAUGAGACAACUAUGUGCCAGGCUUUCCGCUGAACGUAUUUAUAAGGUAUUGUCAUCUCUUCUAGAUUCCAGAGAUGACAUUAUGUUCAGUAAAAUGAUGAUACAAAUUUUAAGCACCAAUUUGAUGACUGCAAAUGAGGUUGACUCAUUAAGGAAGAAAUUAAGAAAAGGAGAAGACGGAAUGUUUUUCAAUACGCUAUUUAAGUGGUGGUGCUACAAUCCUGUCUCAGUGAUAUCACUGUGCUUGGUUUCAGAAAAUUAUGAUCUGGCUUACUCAGUUCUUCAAGCGUAUGUUAAUUAUGAUCUUGGUUUAAGUGAUCUUGUGCAAUUAGAUGUUUUAGUUCAAUUAUUGGAAUCUCCAGUUUUUACUAGGAUGAGGCUGCAGUUGUUAGAACAACAAAAAUACCCGUUCCUAUACAAGAGUUUGUACGGCAUUUUAAUGAUUUUACCCCAAUCGAAGGCAUUUGACAUAUUAAACAAGAGAUUAAGUAGCAUAACGGUUUGGGCUUCGCAGAAUGCAGGAUCAUCUAAUUUUUAUAAGAGCAAUAGGAGCAGUUCAAACCUAAGUGUAGGAACUGAAAGUUCACAAAGGUCUGUUUCCCAAAGUAGACAUCAUUACCAAGAGUUACUUGAUCAUUUUAACAAGAUCUGUAGCCAGGCUAGUCCAAAUGUCAAUCUGGGUACGCUAUAUGAACCAACCAUUUCAAUACUAAAUGGAACAGUUCUGGAACAAGAUAAAAAUCCUCUGAAACAGUCUAUACCAAAUGAAUUAGAAGUGACAAGCUUCAAAGAAUCUGAAAACUAUUCAGUAGAUGGAUCAUCAGUACUGAUCAAAAAUGAGGCAAAUAGAGAUAUGACUAGGACAUCUGAAAGCUUUACUAACUAA